GGGUGGGGCGGGGCGGGAGAGGCUGAGGGGGUUCGCGCCGCGCACGGUGCCGCUGCCGCCGCCAUAGUGGGAGCCGCAGGUCACUGACUUUAGGUGAGGAUUCAGAAUGGGAGACAAGCCUAUCUGGGAGCAGAUUGGUUCCAGCUUCGUACAACAUUACUACCAACUUUUUGAUGCAGACAGGACUCAGUUAGGAGCAAUAUAUAUUGAUGCAUCAUGCCUUACGUGGGAAGGACAGCAGUUCCAGGGCAAAGCAGCUAUUGUUGAAAAACUCUCUAGCCUCCCUUUCCAAAAAAUACAACACAGCAUCACAGCACAAGACCAUCAGCCUACACCUGACAGCUGUAUACUCAGUAUGGUAGUGGGACAGCUUAAGGCUGAUGAAGACCCUAUCAUGGGAUUCCACCAGAUAUUUCUAUUAAAGAACAUCAACGAUGCCUGGGUUUGCACCAAUGACAUGUUCAGGCUAGCAUUGCACAACUUUGGCUGAGCUGGCAACCCCGAGGCACCCGUGCUUUUUUGGUUUGGUUUGGUUUUUUUUCUUUUUCUCCUCUCCUCUUACUGGUAUUAUUCACACUCACAGAACAUUCCAAAUAUCAUACACAAACCUGCGGCACUGCAGAGCGUGAGCAAGCAAGACCUGCGACCUGCCCUUCUGCUGAGUUUACAUUGUCACUAGAUGCGUUUCUUGUGCAUGAUGUUUGGAAGUUAGACUUAGCUACAUUUGACAAGAGAAAUUUGUGUUGUACCAGCAUGCCUCGGAAAGAAUUUAUAAUGCAAAAGGUUGUUGUUUAUGUACUGACAAGAUGCUCUAUAACCCAAAGAAAUGAAAGAACAGCAGCCUGUACAGCCCAGAUAUUGAUUUGUUCAGAUGUUUCAAUGCUACAUUACACAAUAAAACCAUGAGAUUUUCUUAACA